AUGUUUAAAAAGAGAUCUAUUAAACAAGGUUCAGGUGUCAAAAGGAAGAAGGUCGAUCUGAGCGGAUGUGGUGAAGAUGAAAGUGGAAAGGUGAUCAAGGUGCCAGAAGUGAAGGGUAAAUCUAUGAUGGGUUUAGAGAGUAAUGGGGUUGAAGGAAGGAGUAUUUCAAAUGCUGAAAUCCAGGAUGAUAAUGACGAUAAUGACGAUAAAUUUAAGCUGUUAUUUGGUGAGCAGGAAGUCAAGACUUCUGAAGGGGAACCUGUUGUUAAUUUUAAAAUGAAAGGCAAAGGUGCUAUGACUCAACCCAAAAACGUUAAAGUUAGUAUUUUAACAGAUUUCCAUCCGGAUGUAUGCAAGGAUUUUAAACAGACGGGUUACUGUGGUUAUGGUGAUAGUUGUAAGUUUUUACAUUCGAGAGAUGAUUUUAAGACAGGUUGGAAGAUGAAUCAAGAUUGGAAAAUUGAUGAGUCCUCUAGUUCUAAAAGCGACAAAUCCAAGGUUGAAGGGAUUCCCUUCAAAUGCUUAAUUUGCAAAGAAGAUUACAAGUCCCCCAUUGUCACUAAUUGUGGACACUAUUUCUGUAGUAGUUGCUUCACACAGAGAGUGAGAAAGGAUCCUAACUGUGCCAUAUGCGGUCAAGAUACCCAUGGUGUGGCCAGAAUUGCCAAAAAUUUAAAGUGUAUAUUAAAAGAUCAGAAGCAGAAUCAAGAUAUAUAG